CGCUUGUCGAGCAAUGUUCGCGUUGAGCUUGCUCAUGCUCGUCGCGAGCGCGUCGGCGGUCGCCACGACUGCUCGGACUGUCGCGCCGGCGGCCGUCGCUGCUCGGAUCGUGCGCGUGGCCGCUCCGCUUCGCAUGCAGGCGGGCGAGGCCUCCCCGCCGCUCUCGUCGCUCGACCCAGAGGCGAAUCGCCCUCGGCCCGCUGCGCCACCGGUUGAGGCGCCGGCGGGCACCGAGACGCUGCCGCCGACGAGCUUCCUAUCACUCAUUGAGCAGGCCGCGGCAGCGACCGAGAAGGCGCUCGCCGAUGGCAGCCGGCUGCUCGAGGUUGAGUUUCCGCCGGUGCCGCUCUCAAAGCUGGAGGACUCGGCGAUCUCUGCAUACGACCUGCUCUCGGCGAACCUGCAGCUGGUGCUUGAGUACGCGCAGCGGCUCAACCGCGUCCUCAACGCCUCGCCCGACCAGUCGAUCGCCAUCACUCUCCCCGACGCCGCCGAGCGCGUGCGCGCGACCGAGUAUUUGGGCGACGCGGAGCCGGCGCCGGGCGUGCGGCUGUGGGCCCUUUCGGGCGGCGACGCGCAGCCGUCGCCGUUCGGCUUCCUGACCUCGCUGGUCAAGUCCUCCGACGCGGCUGUCGAGGCCGCGCCCUGGGCCUCGGCCUACAUCGUCCUCGGCGUCUCGUGCGCCGAGCUUCCCUCGAUCCGAAAGCUGGCCGAGCUGGACGACUCGACGCCAAUCAUCGCCUUCAACCUCAAGCUCGACACGCUGCGCGGCGACCUCGGCCUGCCCGGCUUCCCGAGCAAGGAGACGCACCACGCCUUCCUGUCGCGGCUCAAGCCCGUCUACUACAUGCGGCCGCGCUCGUACUCGCUCUCGCUCUCGCGGCCGCCCUUCCUGCUCUCGUACCAGGGCGUCCUCUUCCGCUGCUACCCCGAGGGCUACCAGACGCUGCUCGACCGCGGCCAGGGCUCGUACCGCCGCGUGUGCGUGCAGCAGCGGAGGCCCGCCCUGGGCGCCUUCAAGGCGGAGCUGACGCGCGCGCUCAAGGUCGACGAUGCGACGGCCGCCUCGGCCAUCUCGCAGACGGGCUACAAGCAGUCGACUUGGUGGGAGGACGACGCGGACGGGCGCGACCUCUCCGCCGACUGGCGGUCUUGA